UCAGCCCGCUGCUCCCUGCAACACACACACACACUCAGCAUGCCUCCGUUUGACAAAACUCAGCUGCAGAACAAACCGUUCAAACAGCGGAAGAGCUUCGCAACAAGGAAACAAGAAGUGGCGGGGAUCCGGUCCAAGUUCCCGAACAAAAUCCCGGUGAUCAUCGAGCGCUACGACCGGGAGAAGUUCCUACCUCCGCUGGACAAGACCAAGUUCCUGGUGCCGCAUGAACUCACCAUGACCCAGUUCGUCACCAUCAUCAGGAACCGAAUGGCGCUGCUGCCCACUCAGGCCUUCUACCUGCUGCUGGACAGCAGCGGGCUGGCCAGCAUGUCCCUCACCAUGGCUCAGGUGUACAAAGACCACCAGGAUGAGGACGGCUUCCUGUACAUGACGUACGCCUCGCAGGAGAUGUUCGGACUCUGACUCGCUCUUUUAUUAACUGUGACCAUCUGUGCUGUACAUAGAAAAUAUUUUUUAUAGACUGUAAACUGUGUUUGACAAAGAUGAGUUUUAAUGGAAGUAUGUGGAUCCAAUAAAUCUUAACUGUA